GUUAUCAGUUUACUUCAUUUCAAGUUGAGAUCAGUAAAGUAAAAAAAUAUCAAAUUUUAAAAAGAUGAAGGCUUUCUUAGGAAUUUCUGUCAUUUUGAGUCUAAUUGUAGUAAUUAAGUGUGGAAGUGAUCCGUUUGCUCGUUGCGAUCUUCCUUUGAAUGAGGGUUUCUCUUGUGAUGGUGGAGUUCCUGAAACUAGGUUCUAUUACAACAGUUUAGGAGGCUUCUGUUUAUCCUUCGAAUAUCUUGGGUGUGGAGGCAACGAUAACAGUUUUGUUAGCUCAACCUUCUGUGAAACUUUCUGUAUUACACAAGGUGAUGCCCGAGAUCCCUCGGCUUCAAUGCCAUCCGAUUUUUCGAUGGGAAGUGAAGAAGUUCCUGAAUAUAAUUAAAUUCUUUUUUCAUAUGUCCGCCAAUCAAUAUUCCAUUUGAAUAUUGAAGAAAGCAUUGUAACGAUUAUUAAAGAUUCUUUCCAAAAAUAUCUAAAACUCUGCGUUUAUGUAUAUAAAUGCAUAUCCAAGUUCAUGUCAUAAAUAUUAUGGUAUAAAUUUCGGAAUACAUAGUAAAAUUCUGUUUUAAAAAAUCAUCUCAAAUAUUCUAUUCAAAGAUGUUGAAUUUGCAUAUAAAUUUAAAAAUUUGAGCAACGAUACUAGAAUACAUUCAUUUAGUAUGCGAUUAUUAAAAAAAUAUCUUUUUUCUUCCAACAAGUUCAUGUCAACCGCAACGUAGCUAGAAACAGAAGUUAUUUUCUUCCUAAUAAGUAGAACUAUAUUUUCUUAAUGGAAAUUAAAAUUGACUAAAUGAAAAUAACAUGAAGCUAAAGGCCCACACUAGUUGUAAUAGGAGACGUCUAAGAAUCUUAAUACUAAAUGAUUUCGCAUUUUUCUGUUAUCUGACUUUCGAGUCGAAAGUUUCAACUACUUAUUACAAAUGAUUUAAUAAUGUUCACAUAAUCCGAAAACAUCACAAUAAAUAAACUAUCAUUGAAAUCACAUGCA